AUGGAAGCACUCUACCAAAGCACAAACUUUCUUCUACAAAAGGUCCAACACGAUCUUGGUCGCUUGGAAGGGACACAGAACGAACAAGACGCACAAAUCGUUGUACAGAGCAUUUAUAGUGAUAUUGGAACACUGAAAGACAACUGUCAAACGCUGGACACCUAUGUUUCUCGGGAACAACCUGCCAGAAAGCAAGCGGCUCGAAUGCGGGUGGAACAGUUGCGGAUGGAUGUUCAGAGAGUGGAUAUGGCUGUUUCAGCAGUACAUACAAGAAUGACACAAAGGUGGAGGAGUGCGAGUGAGAGAGAAGAGUUAUUGAGUACAAGAUACCGACCAAACGACACGGCUCUUUCAAUUGGAGAUCACGAGCUGCUUCUAAACGACCGACUCCACUCGUCACACAAUCAUCUUGACGAUCUCAUCAGUCAAGGAUCAGCCGUUCUGGACAGUCUAAAAUCCCAGCAUUUCAAUCUUCGGGGAGUCAGUCGGAAGAUGCAUGAUAUUGGAAGAGCGCUCGGACUCUCCAAUUCUACCCUCCAAGUAAUCGAUCGUCGUGUGCGAGAAGAUUGGAUCCUUUUCGUGAUUGGUUGCAUCGUCUGUUGCAUAUUCAUGUAUGCAUUCUAUCGCUUCUGGAGAGGAUAA